CUCUGCAGCUGUCAGGAACCAUGACUGAAGAUGACGGAUUCUGUUGUCGUGGAGGGAUACGCCAGACUCAGAGACGGGAAAAAGUGGAAAACUAGGUGGCUCGUGCUCCGCAAACCGUCGCCUGUAGCAGACUGCCUCGUGUUGCUGGUUUUUAAAGACAAAUCAGAGAAAGUUCACGGCAACAAGGAGAGGGCGAGCGUCACCUUGGAGGAGAUCUGCGGCUUGGAAGCUGGACAGUGGUAUGAGGGUGUGGCUUUUACUCUGACCAUCCUCUGCCUGAAUCAGGCUGUUUUGCUGGGCUUUGACAGCAGGGAGGCCCUGCAGGCAUGGGACGCCCGCCUGCGAUAUAGCCUAGGAGAAGUUCACAGAUUCAGUGUUGGAGUCUUACCAGGGACCAAGUUGGAGAGCGGGCCUGCAACUCUCCAUUUGUGCAACAAUUUGUUGGCUCUUGCUCGGGAUGUCCCUCCUGUUAUUAUUGGCCACUGGAACCUUCCAGACCUGCGUAGAUAUGGACCUGUACCAAAUGGAUUUGUGUUUGAAGGAGGAACAAGAUGUGGCUACUGGGCUGGUGUUUUUCUGCUCGCAUCUGCUGAGAGCGAGCAGAUCAGCUUUCUAUUCGACUGCAUCGUCAGAGGCAUCUCCCCCACCCGAGGCCCUUUUGGACUGCGGCCCAUUUUGCCAGAUCCCAGUGGCAGCCAGACCACUUCAGAGGAAAAGCUGAACCUCGAGGCCCAGGAGUUAGAGAAACGACUGAGCAUGCUCUCUCAUGGGAGUGGCACAGUCUCUUUGACUUACUGCCCGUCUGCUGGGGGCGACGACCGCAGCAUUUCCGGUUCUUCUGACACUUCAGACACCAGCCACUCAGACUGCAGCAUUGGCAGCCGGCUGGGAAUUUGGACUGAACCGGCUUCCAACCCACCUGAAAACGUCAGCCACACGGGCGCUAAAGUGCCACUGCAGAUCAGCGAGAAGCUUUCCGCCAACCAGGGGGGUGGACACCGGCCUGCGGCCAAGCCGCCCCGGCAACUUCAGGAAAUCGGUCGUCAGAGCUCAUCAGACAGCGGCAUCGCCACUGGCAGCCAUUCCUCGUACACUGGCAGUUUCUCCUCCUACACAGGCAGUCUGGAUAUGACCCCUGGAGAGGACUUUGGUUCUUUUUUAAGCUUGCCUCCACAUUUGGCUCAAGAUCUCAGCCCUUGCACUUGCCCUGCUGUUCCUGGACAUGACUACCAGGUGCCAACUUCACUUAGGUAUGUCUAUGACACUCCCAGGAGUGUUUUACAGGAAGCAGGUGGAGGUGCCAAAGACAAUGAAGCCUCCGCCUCAACUAAAGACCCUCCAGCCCUUUUAGGGUUCACAGCAGAGGCAGCAAAACAGGACAAGAGCAGUGCCACAACCCCUGAGGCUCACUCAGAAGCUACUGAAAGUCAGUCAGUCAGUGAAGUCUUGCAGGGCCUUUCAGUGACAAAUAAGAAAACCAAGGUGGCACCCUCUAGUGACUCUUGUAAUACCUGCACCUCCCUCACUUCUGCCUCCAAAACCAUCGUGACCAUCUGCUCUGUAUGCGGUGGAGUUAAGCCCGCUUGUCAGUGUGACCUUUGUGGUAUCGUGCGGGCUGACGGUGAUGCCGCGCUGCGUUUGGUGUCAGAACAACUAACAGUCCCACGGCCCAUCUGUCCAACACACAAAAGGCUUAGUAGUAAAGAGGAAAGACGCAGAGCCGAUCCUGCUUAUGAGAUCAUGGAGAGUCGGAUGCUGGAGAGGAACCCAGAGGCACAGGAAAAACACAAGUAUGAACUAAUGGGCAGCUACAGCCAGCAGAGGUUCCUUCAGGAGACUGAAGGGGCUGUGUUUGUGUUCCCCCCAGAGGCUCCACUUGCUGAAAGACCUCGCGGUGAAGGUGUGACGUAUGUGAAUAUUCCUGUUAGCCCUACGUCCAAGAAGCAGCUCAACUACAUGGAGCUGGAGCUGCAGGAUCCUGUGCAUGGCACUAAAGCGGCUGCCGCACAUCUGCCAGCUCAGAGAAAGAGCUCCACCAAGUACGCCCAGAUUGACAUCACUGCCACAGAGAUGGCCCACAAAGUCGGCACAUUGCACGCUCUGGGUCGGCAGGAGGGCCUGCACACUCUGGAGCUGAGAAGAAAGGGGACGCCACAUUGA